UGAUCGACUAAAACUUAAGUUUUAUAUGCGCAAUGUCAUAUUCCUUCUGCAAACCAUGCAUAAAUUUACAUAUGGACUGUUCGUCAUUAGUUUAGCGUUUAGUUACAUACAUAUUGCAAUGACGAACAAAAAAACAUGCAAUUAUUUUUAAGUUUUUAAUUUUAUUAUAUUGAUUUGCUUAUUGAUUCAGUUGAUGAGUUGAAUAUGAGAACUUAAUUUUGAAGUAAAAAAAAAAAAGGAAAGAAAUGGUCUGUACACAUUUAAGCCCAUAAUGAAGUAAACUCAACGUAAAAAUAAAAAUUAAAGAGAAAAAACGAGGAAAUUGCUACAGCAAAAAAAAUAAUUUUAGCAUCGCGUACAUGAUGUACAACGAGAAUGAAGAUUGCUCGUUAGUAUCGAAAAACUAAAAAGAUAACAUAAAAAAAGCAGCAAAAUAGAAUGCGCGUAUUUUAACGCGAUAUAAUAUUGCCAACGAAAGCAAUUGCUAAUCAAAAAGAUUGAUUUUAAUGGUUUUAUAAAAGCCAAUGCAAAUAACAUAGAAAAUCGUAUAAUCAACAGUCGGCAGUCAGUUCAUUAAAUAGUAACGGUAUUCGUAACAAGAAAGUGCAAUAACUUGGCCAAUUAAUAAAAAUUUUUACAGAUACAAAAGAUAUACGCUUUUCUCUUGCAUACACCUAAUCAGCAACCUUUACAAAAGUUUCUACAUCAUCAUAUACCUCCGAAGGAACAUUGACGGAAGCAAUUAAAAAAAAAAGCACAUAUAACUAAACAGUAUUAAAAACGGUUUUUGUUUUAUGAUUAUUUAAAAGUACACUUAAGAGAAAAAUUUAAAAUUCAUACAAACUUUGAAGAAGCAACCAUAUUAAAUGUGUAUUUUCAUUGAGUGCCGAGCUAGGUGCAUUACGUAUGAAAAACCUUAUUAAGUCAUUUACUUAUCAAAUUAAGACCAGUCAAAGAGAACCAAAGGUCUUAAAAAUCGAACAUAUAGAUAAAACCAUGACGACUUCUACCAUAAAACGCAGGCGCUCCGCUAAUAUGACGACAUCCGUUGAGGGGGUGCCGUUCUUUAGUAGGAGCCCUUCGGACUCCGAUAAUUGGAUAGCAUAUCGUGAAGAUCAUAUUAAUCCAUUUACCCAUCGUUUGCAUAUUAAUAGCCAUUUAGCCAUGAUUAAGAUUUAUAUAUUAACAGUUGUUUUGUUGCCCCUACGUCUUAUUGGCUGUUUUUUGUCACUGUGCUGCGCAUGGGUAUUCGCAAAAAUUGGCAUGCUCGGCCUUUCAGAAGGGCAACUAAAUGCAAAACCGUUAUUUGGUUGGCGCAAACGAGUGCAAAAGAUAAGUGCGUUCUUUAUGCGCAUGCUAUAUGCAUGCGGCUCGUUUCAUUAUAUAAGCUAUAAAGGGAAAUGUGCCGCUGCAAAAGACGCACCUAUCUUAGUUGUAGCUCCUCACUCAUCAUAUGUGGAUUCGAUAAUAGUGGCUGCUACUGGGCCCCCAGCUAUAGUGGCUAAACAGGAAACAUCAAAUAUUCCACUUCUAGGCAAAAUCAUAACGUUUGCUCAACCCAUUUAUGUGCAACGCGAAGAUUCGAAUUCUCGGCAGAAUACAGUGCGUACAAUAGUGGAACGAGCUCGCUCAGAAGACGAUUGGUCCCAUGUUAUUAUAUUUGCCGAAGGUACAUGUACAAAUCGUAAAGCAUUAAUUAAAUUUAAACCUGGCGCUUUUUAUCCGGGUGUGCCUGUGCAACCAGUUUUAUUGAAGUACCCCAAUAAAUAUGAUACUUUUACUUGGACUUGGGACGGUCCAGGAGCAUUAAAAUUACUAUGGUUGACGCUGUCUACUUUUUAUAAUAAUUGCGAAAUUGAAUAUUUACCAGUUUAUUAUCCUAAUGAAGAUGAAAAAGCUGACCCCUUUCUAUAUGCCGAGAAUGUGCGAGCUGUUAUGGCAAGAGCUUUGGGUGUGCCUACAUCGGAAUAUUCGUUUGAAGAUGUUGUCAUGAUGACGAGGGCGCGUAGUUUAAAUGUACCCUGUUCGGCCGAUAUCAUUGAAAUUGAGAGAUGUCUUUUUCAUCUAGAUUUUUUGAAUUCAAGUCGUGUCUUGAAAUUAGCGGGGAAAUAUUCAUCUAUUCAAAAUAGACAUAAAAUGGAUAUUACAAGGUUUUCCGAAUUUCUUAAUAUUAGUACAACAAAUGCCCAUUUACAUAAACUAUUUGCCAGCUUGGAUUAUAAACAUACGGGUGCAAUUAAUUUAAAAACUUUUUUUUUAAGUGCAUUAUUCUGCAUUUUUAAAAGUAGUGAUACCAUGGAAUUUUUAAGAGCCGUAUCGACACUUUAUGCCUCAGGAAAUACGGAUCAACUGACCCGUGAACAGUUUUUUGCUAUAUUAAAACAUUGUGAUAAAUUAUCUAAGAAAAAGCUGACGACUUUAUAUUUAAGAAUAGAGGAAUUGAAACCGGGAAACAGGAUAACAUUCGACGACUUUGAGAACUAUACUCGCAAUCAUGAAGAAUAUAAAUUUUUAUUCAAAAAACACGAACAUAUACAAAUGCGCCUUAAAAAAUAAUACGCAACAGUAUCUUUAUUAUUUAAUUUUAUUCUAUCCUCUUCAUGUAAUCACAAAUAUAUCUUUAUCUGCUUACUAUAUGAAUUAAGAAUUUAAAUUAAGCUUUAAUACGCAAUUGUAACAAACAAAAAAUCUCUAUAUUAAUGUGACAAUUUA